AUGAACCCCGACGUAUUGGACUUCCUCCUCGCCAAUGACCCGCUCGGCUGCUUGCGUCCCGCAUCAACGAUCAAUAGCACGAAUAUAAUGUCCCAAGCCAUGAUCUCGUCCUUCUCUAUGGACGUGUCCGCCUACUCCAGCGACCUGUACGAAUACCCAGCGACAAAUCGACCCGUCAACGGUCUACCCAACGCCUUUGUCUUGUGCUGGGAGAACGUCCUCAUCCCAACGAAGUGGAUGCGCCAACAUCUCGGGCUCAAACCGUCCGUACCAGCUCUUCAAGCUGCCAAGCAGCGAGUUUUACGCACUCCGAACCUGCAGGCAGCACUCGCCACAGUUGAGCAAGAUCUCAUCCACUUACUCAACUCCGUGUCGACUUACGGUCCGCUCUUCAUUGUCAGUGAAGAGAGUGCGCAGUUUGUCGAAGCCAUGUGCAAAACCUUCUUCCCUCGACUGGCCUUUUGUCUCGGUAGCACAACAACAAUGACCAGUGUUCAUGUCAUUGGAGCUCCUACCAGGUUCCAGUCUGCAGCGGAGAAAGCGGGGUGGCGAAUCAAUCUACUGCAAAGUUUGUGUCGCGAUCGACUCUUUGGUGGUGCGCCACAGCGACUUCUUGACCCGCAUGCAGGUAAGUUUGGACUCGUCGUAAUAAGUCCACAUCAAACAGAUAUUGCUGCGUGUGGCGACGUGUAUAAGGCGGCACCAUACGUUGUCGCUAAGAGUGUACACGUGCAGAAUGCACGUCACCUUACUCUCGAAGCGUUCACACUGCAUCUACGGACACUGGCAGAGUACGUCCCACAAGCUGCGCCUUGUGACACGAGCUUCGCUAUUCAGCUGAGCUGA